CGCCUAUUGGCCGAGACUACCGAGAGUGACGUCAUGGGAAGUAUUAAGGCUAGGGUUGGGCCUGGACUCGCAGCCAUUACUGCAGGGAAAGGCCCGCAAAGCUGAGCGGUCAAGAUGUGUGACUUCACCGAGGACCAAACCGCAGAAUUCAAGGAGGCCUUCCAGCUGUUUGACCGAACAGGUGACGGCAAAAUCCUAUACAGCCAAUGUGGGGACGUGAUGAGGGCCCUGGGCCAGAACCCUACCAACGCCGAGGUGCUCAAGGUCCUGGGGAACCCCAAGAGUGAUGAGAUGAAUGUGAAGGUGCUGGACUUCGAGCACUUCCUGCCCAUGCUGCAGACUGUGGCCAAGAACAAGGACCAGGGAACAUAUGAGGAUUAUGUUGAAGGCCUUCGGGUAUUUGACAAAGAAGGGAAUGGUACUGUCAUGGGUGCUGAAAUCCGUCAUGUCCUUGUCACACUGGGUGAGAAGAUGACAGAGGAAGAAGUGGAGAUGCUGGUGGCAGGACACGAGGACAGCAAUGGUUGUAUCAACUACGAAGCGUUUGUGAGGCAUAUCCUGUCGGGGUGACGGGCCCAUGGGGCGGAGCUUGUGCGGAUGGUGCUGAAUGGCUGAGGACAUUCCUGGAUCUUGAGCCCAAGCCUUGCCUUGUGUGAGAGCCCUGUGGCCACAGAGGCUUCAGGCUCCUUCAUCACAGCACCUUUCACAUCUUCUCUUUGGGACGAUGUUUGCCAUUAGCAUUCACUAAAUAAAUUUGCUACCUUUGCCCUA